UCACUUUUUGUCAUUUUCAAAUUCCCCACCGUUUCGUCCCUUGUGAGUCCCGACGCUCACAGGGGACGGAACCCAGAUGACAGAUGCCGGCAUCCACCAGAUUACAUUGCCGGGGACACUGCAGGAGGGACAUCGCGGGAACGCAGGACAAGGUAAGUGAAGAACACAUGCCGGAGCAGUGCCGCAUGGUAUUCCCGAGUGUAGCUCGGGGUUACCGCUUUUGGUACUGAAAUGUUACCCCGAGCUACACUCGGGAAUACCGCCAAGGAGGUUAA